GUCGAUCAAGAAUCAAUCAAGAUCAACCAAAUCUUCCAGUUUAGAGCGAGAAACCCCAAAAAAAAAAAAAAAAAUCAAGAGUGAGAAAGAAAUAAAGAAAAAAAACAAUGUACAGACUGAGCAACACAGUGAUAGGGUUUCUGAACCUGUUCACCCUCCUGGCUUCGAUUCCGAUCAUCGGCGCCGGACUUUGGAUGGCGCGGAGCUCCACCACCUGCGAGAGCUUCCUCCAGACGCCGCUGCUGGUGGUGGGAUUCGUGAUCCUCAUAAUUUCUCUGGCGGGGUUCAUCGGAGCUUGCUUCCACGUCGGCUGCGCGCUCUGGGUCUACCUGGCGGUGAUGCUGCUGCUCAUCGGAGCUCUGAUCGGAUUCACGGUCUUCGGAUUCGUCGUCACGGCGGCCGGCGGAGGGACGCCGGUGGCCGGCCGGAUGUACAGGGAGUACCACCUGGAGGCGUAUUCCGGCUGGCUUAGGAAGAGGGUCCAGGACCCGCGAUAUUGGGGGACUAUUAGGAGUUGCAUUCUGGGGUCCCGGACCUGCGCUAAGAUUGUUCUCUGGACGCCCUUUGAUUAUUUGACUAAGGAUAUGACUCCUAUUCAGUCGGGGUGUUGCAAGCCGCCUACGUCGUGCAACUAUGGGACAACGGCGAUGCAAGAGAAGGAUUGCUACCAUUGGAACAACGCCGAGACGGUGCUGUGCUAUGAUUGCGAGUCGUGCAAGGCUGGUGUCCUCGAAAAUAUUCGUCGUGAUUGGCACAAACUCUCCGUGCUAAAUAUUAUCAUGGUCAUCAUCCUCAUUGGAAUCUACUCUAUCGGGUGUUGCGCCUUCCAAAACACCCGGAGGGCCGAGUCUGACUAUCCCUAUGGCCGCAACCGCAUCUCCAAAGUUCGACCACGUUGGGAUUAUCGAUGGGUUUGAUUUUUGGGAGAAAACUUGGCCCACUCAAGUGAAUUUAGACAAUAUCAAGAUCUUCAUCAAAGUUGGAACCAAGCCAAAGUUUGUCGGGAAUAAUUGCCGGAGAACUCACUUGACUAUCUCUCGCUCGAUGAGGAACUAGCUAGACAAUUGGGUUUUGCUCGCUAGGGAGUUUGAUAGUGAGAAAAUUUUGUCACCAAGAUCAAGAAUCUUCACCUAAAAUAUAAUUCGAAUGAAUAUUCACCCCCGAAGAAUAGACAAACUAAAUCCCCUUUAGAAUACAUUAUAGAUAAGAAAAACCCCAAUGUAUCAUAAUUUACUUACUUGCAUUAUAGUAGUUAUUAACAAAAAUAGCUUGCUCUUGUAUUCUCUUUGAAGUGAUUUAUAUAUGUCCAUCAAACUUCAUUUCAUUAGAUGUUGAAUCAAACAUUUUUAAUUAAUCGUUAGUUAUAAAAGACUUUAAUAUCACUUGUUAAAAAAUUAAAAGACUUAAGUGUAACAAUUUUGAAUUACUAUAGAAUUCAAACAAUAUAGAGAUCCUCGUAAAAAUUGAAAGUAAGAAUUUGAUUGGAAUCAUUAUUUGAGGACUCUCUUGGCUAACUCUCAUUCGAUGAGGACCUAGCAAAACUUAGGUUUUGCUGGCUAUAGAGUUUGAUAGUGAAAACAUAUUAGUUACGAAGUUUAUAAAUUUCUACUUUAAGAAUAAUUUUAAUAUUCACCUUAACAAAUAGUGAAACAAUUCCUAGUCGCGAAGUUUAUAAAUUUCUAUUUGCUUGCAUUCUAGUAAUUAUUGUCACGAAUCUAUCUAUCUAUUUACAUAUCUAUAUAGAGAAUCGAUCUAGUAGAGUAUGUACCAUGGUAUGCAAGAAUUUGUUAUUAGUUUUCAAGUACUUUCUUGUUACACCUCGACCUGCUAUCUCUUCUUUCAUCGAGCCGGAUAUUUUUGUUAGAAUUAUAGACUCAACCUACAAGUUAACACAAUUUCUUUUAGUUGUGUGUUUUAUAUUUUUUCAUUAGAAUUUCAUGCAUCGUAUUAUAAUUUAUCUAUACUAAGGGGAGUGGCAUAUGUGGAUUUUAGAAUGCAUUUCUAAGUGUCACAUUAUUAAUUAUAACCAUUAGAGCAAUGAUGUAUGAGAUAUAAAAUUAUUUUUAAACAUAAUUAACUUAAAAAAUUAAGAUAAUAGAGAUAUUAUUUAGAAUCAAUUUUGGAUUUUAUUAUUAUUAUUUUUUCGUUUUAAGUCUGAAUUGAAUUUGAAGGUUUUAAUUUUUUUGUU